UCCAACAAAUACAACCAAGCGGGGUUUGGACGCUUCAAGCUAAUUUUUCCUACAGCACUCAAACGCCCCCUGCAGACACGCUCGUGACGCACCACGUAGUUGCACAGAAACCCGGAAGUGCUAACUAGGUAUGUUUUUUUGUUGUCUGUUUUUUAGUUGAAGGUAUGUGUGGUAACACAGGUGGAAUCGGGAAGAUGUGACGAGUUGGUUUGUCGGAGAGAAAAGAUGGAGGCCUGCUUUCUGCGUUGGUUGCUUUUCGUCGCGCUGACAUCCUGGACGUUAGGAGACGACGGACAAGUGACUUUUGAGUCCGAGCUGUCGUCCAAACCCGCUCAGAAGUUGUCAAAGUAUGGCUGGUACGCCAGCGUCAGGCUGCAGAGGUUCCACAUACCGGAGCAGACCGCCAUCGCUCACUGGCUCUUCUCAGUCAAAAAGGGCCACAGCUUCAACUGUGGGCAGCACAACGUCAGCAUCCACCUCCGAUGGGGCGCCCCUCCCGUCAUAAACCCAACAGAAACUGUGUUUCCAAAUGCGACCCUGUGGGACCCCUCCUUGUCCCUGAUUCUACCGGUAACCUCCCAGAGCUACACGACCUUUAACCUCUCUGAUCCGGCUCCGGGAGAUUGGUUCGUCGCUGCGCACUUACCGGAGGACGACGGGCGCAUAGAGCAGAAGGGUUUCCCGUCCUGCUCCUAUUACUUCCAGCCCCAGCUGUCGGUCAGGAGAGCGGCGGACACGCCCGUCCUGCAGCCGGGAACCGUCCUGACUCAGACCGCAGCCCCCGACAGACCCGCACGACUCAAGUUGUUUGUGCCGGAGUUUACCUCGUCUCUCUCGGUCUCCGUGGCCGGGUGCUCGUCUGGCGAGGCGUCGGAGAGCGCCGACUGCUCGCUGCUCCUCAGGCUGGGCUCGGCGUCGCUGCAGCACAGCCAGACGGAGCUGAACUGCUCUGGGGUCAACUGCUCCGUGUCCCUCUCUAACCCUCCGUGGGACUCGUGGCUGCGGGUUGUUGUGGAGAGCAGCCAAGUCAACCAAACUGUAACCUUCAGGAUUGGAUCCAACUACACAGUGGGAUGUAAGCCAAAGAGCGUAGGCCUCACAGCGGACGAUGACAUCACAAAGCUACUUGACAAGAGCGUCUCCAACGCCACGGCGACGGGGACAGGCUCGGCGUCGGCUCCCCCGCCACUGCCGGCGUCUGCGUGCGUAUGGAGCGUCCCCGUGCUCUACGAGGAGCUGGACCUUCUGUCGCUGCGGUACACCCCCGUCAACGGCUCCAACGUCAGCGUCACGGAAACGCACCCCACGCUGCUCACCUACCCGCUGCCCCCGCAGGCCACCGGGGGAACGCUCAACCUGCAGCUCACGCUUAAUUCUACUAAUGCGACUUUGGGGAAUAACAGCAUCGUGGCCUGUUUCUCUGCCUGGGCUCCAGUCCUCCAACUCAACCACUCUGAACUCUGCAGAACAGGUUUGUUUAUGGGAUACGCCAUCGGGAUCAACGUCAGCGUCCCUAAAGCCGUGGUCAGGCUGCCUUUCCCUCAGUCCACAACGUGGUACCUCACCCUGCAGCUCCUAUGUAACAGCAGUGAUUGCAGUAACGCCUCGGUGGUGUCUGUGGUCCCAGAAGUGUCUGUCAGCGCCUGCGUGGACGACUGCGGGCCGUACGGUGAAUGUAGGCUGCUGAGAUCCUACACAUACCUGUACUCUGCCUGUGUCUGCUCUGCAGGGUGGAAAGGUUGGGGCUGCACCGACGGCUCCACCGCCCAGUCGUACGCCCGCCAGCUGACGGCAACCAUGUUGCUGACGCUCAGCAACCUGUUCUUCCUGCCCGCCAUCGUGGUCGCCACCAGACGCUCCUACAUCACAGAGGCCUUCGUCUACCUCUUCACCAUGUUCUUCUCUACGUUCUACCACGCCUGCGACCAGCCCGGCGCGGCCGUCCUGUGCAUCAUGGACUACGACGCCCUGCAGUACUGCGACUUCCUCGGCUCCAUCUGCUCCAUCUGGGUCACCAUCCUCUGCAUGGCUCGCCUGGGAGACGCAGCCAAAUACACUCUGUUUCUGCUCGGGGCCUUGCUGAUAGCCAUGUCAAUGCAGCUGGACCGCAAGGGCCUGUGGAACCUGCUGGGCCCCAUCCUCUGUGCCAUACUUCUCAUGGUCACUUCCUGGGUGUACAGGUGCGUCCGCCGGCGACACUGCUACCCGCCCUCCUGGCGCCGCUGGGUCUUCUUCCUCCUGCCCGGAGCGCUGUGCGCCCUCAUCGGAGUGUGUCUGUACGUCUUCGCCGAGACGGAGAGCAACUACUACUACACGCACUCACUGUGGCACAUCCUGGUGGCCGGCUGCGUGGUGUUCCUGCUGCCGCCCGAGGAGAAGGACCGGAAGGCGCUGGGCUGGAGCCGGGGCUUCAGCUGGAGCUGGAGGUGGAGCUGGAGGCCGCGGGUCUGGGUUCAAUUGGAAGAGUUUAAAACCCCAGAUGAAAUUUGAACAAUAAUUUACUGCCAGGCAGGUACUAUAAUACUGUCGAAUUUGUACUGUAUUCUAUCGCAUUCCUUGAAAAAUGAUGUAUCCAAUCACACCUCACAAAUCCACCUAGCUUCAGGAAACUGCUGCUGCUCAUCACAAUCACUUAUUGUCUCCACACAGCGUCAGAAUUCUGACAAUCACAUCUCGGUCUCAUGGCUGCAGAUCAGAACAACCUGGAUGAGGAAAACACUGAAGAAAAUGUACGAAGAAAUCAGAUUUACUGAAUCUGUUAUUUGGGUAAGGUGGAGUCUUUGUGAACCUUCCGGAAAAGGCAGUUUAUGCGGUAAAUGUGGCGUCUUUUUUUGUUAUUGUAGACUUAAGGUAACAGAGGGCUCUUAUCUGAACUCGUGUAUCUUCAGUAAAAUAACUCAUGAAUUUUGAAAAAGAUUCUGGAGGCAGCCAUGACACGUUGUUACAACAUUGUAUGUGCCCCAGAUUUCUUUUAAAGCUGUAAGCCAGACUUUUCAACAACUUCCAUUCGAUGACCAUUCACAUUUUAAUUGUAGUAGGUAACAAAACCCAUCGAGGUCAAAUGUUAUGUUUGUUAUGCCUUUUUACUGUAAACUGUUUUUUUGUGAAGAAGAAAAUGCCUGCCCUUGUAGAAGCACAUGUCUCUGGUGACAUCACAAAAGACAUCCAAUCAGUUUUUUCCUUUAAAAAAAAUUCACUCGUUUUUAAUCCAGUUGGAGUCCAACUCAGCUGUGUGCCUGUAACUAUGCAUCAAGCUACAUAGCUAGCUAGAUGCAAAGCUUGCUCGCUAGCUAACUAGAUUUAGCUAGCUUUUACUAACUAAAUCUUUCUAGCUAGUAAAAAGAUUUAGCUUAGCUAAAUCUCCUUAGCUAGUAAAAACAGAUUGCUACUUUUUACUAACAAUCUUUUUAGCUGGUAAAAAGAUUUGUUUUUUUACGAGCAAAGUCUUCUAGCUUGCUAAAUCAGACCAGCGAGCUACAUCAUAUGGAAUUCUGUUUUUUAUCACCCAGCUUUGUUUUUGUUGUCAUGUGUGUCUUAGUGGAACAUGACCUGGUUGGAAUAUUCUGCUUUGAAUGAAGCCUGUUUGUGGAGGUAAAUUGAAGAAAAUGUUUUCUGUUCAUCUGCAGCCCAAGAAAUUACAAUUCUUUAAGUUAAUGAGAUGUUUCUUUUCCACAGUUUUGGUGUGACGUAAAUCACUCAUAUGUAUAAAUCAGCUCUCAAGUGAAUGUAUGCUAAAAUUACUGGCCAGUGCCUCUUCCUUUUGUCUUUUUUAUUUAAUUUUAUUGCACUUUAUGUACGGUAUAGGUCAUAGGAGCUCUGUGGGCAGAGGGGGCGGGGCUUAGUCUCUUGUACCAGUAAAGCUACUGAUAUCCUGCUAUAUUUAAUCCAAAACUCUAAUCGUCUCAUGUGUUACUUUGAUCUAGUUUUCUCUUAAAGGCUUCCAUUUCUCUGUUGUGACUUUGCACACAUUUCCCUGAUUGUUCAAGACCUGCACAGCCUUCCUUUUAUUGCUUAGGUUGUUUGUUCAUAAAAUGUAAGUUUGUCACUAAGACGUUGGAAUAUGAGGGGAAAAAAAAUAACUGACCACUGUGAUUUACCGCGUUUUUUUGUUUUUCUCAUCAAAGGAUAGAAAAUGUGAUUCUGUUUCUUGUCAAAAUGGAAUCGAGCAUUGGAGAAAUAAAUUUACUGUGCAAGAAGAAAAGA